CUCCCCAAACUCUUCCUUUUGCCUUAAAGCUCAGCCGUCGAUGGAAGAAGCGGCACCAAGGUGGCCAUUAAGAAAUUGUACCGCCCCUUCCAGUCAGAACUCUUCGCCAAACGAGCCUACCGAGAGCUGCGCCUCCUGAAACACAUGAAGCACGAAAACGUCAUUGGAAUACUGGAUGUGUUCACACCAGACAUAACGCUGGAGAAGUUUAAUGAUUUCUACCUUGUCAUGCCAUUUAUGGGAACAGACUUGAGUAAGAUAAUGAAGCACGAGAAACUAACUGAAGAUCGAAUCCAGUUCCUGGUGUAUCAGAUGUUGAAAGGCUUAAAGUAUAUUCACUCUUCAGGCAUAAUUCAUAGGGAUCUAAAGCCUGGAAACUUGGCAGUAAACGAAGACUGUGAAUUGAAGAUUCUGGAUUUUGGAUUGGCAAGGCAUACAGACAGUGAGAUGACCGGUUACGUGGUUACGAGGUGGUACAGAGCCCCAGAGGUCAUACUUAACUGGAUGCAUUAUACGCAAACAGUUGACAUCUGGUCUGUGGGCUGUAUAAUGGCUGAGAUGAUAACGGGGAGGCCUUUGUUCAAAGGAAAUGAUCAUCUGGACCAGCUCACAGAAAUAAUGAAAAUAACGGGUACACCAACUCAAGAUUUUGUUCAAAAACUGCAGAGUCAAGAUGCAAAAAACUAUAUCAAAAGCCUCCCAAAAGUCCAGAAAAAAGAUUUUGCAUCCAUCUUGAAGUAUGCAAAUCCUUUGGCUGUAAACCUUUUGGAGAAGAUGCUGGUGCUGGAUGCAGAGAAGCGAAUCACAGCAGCUGAGGCUCUGAUGCAUCCUUACUUUGAGCCAAUCCACGAUCCUGAGGAAGAGAUUGAAGCUGAGAAAUAUGAUGACACAUUUGAUAACAUGGAUCUUCCGCUAGAUGAGUGGAAACGUAUUACAUACAAAGAGAUACUGAACUUCAAUCCACCACAGACAUCGGAGUCAAAGGAGACAGCGGUGUAAUUGUAUGACUCGAUCUUUUCAGAACUCAGAAGAAAACAGGAAAGUUGUAAAUGUUUGUGAUAUUUCAGGUGUAUAAAACUUUUAUAAAUAAACUGGAUGUAAUCUGUUUCAUCUUCACUGUAAGAAAGAGCAAUGUCUUUUACUCUGCAUGUGAAAGUCGGUGCCUUUGGAAGUAGCAUUUCAAAACUGUCCAGAAGUUUAUUCUUGCCUACAACUUCUUCCUUCUGCAUGAAAGGAUUCAAGAUUCAAACUGUGAUAACCUGGUGCCGUCCUCAAAAGAGCAGGUAGGACUAAUUCUUCAAAUCAGAGAUCAGAAGAGUUCCAGUGACUGCCCCGAGCAAGCUGAGCUGCAGAGCGUGUCAGAGACGUGCUCUCCAAGGCCAUUGAACCGCCUUGAAUGCAAGAAGUAUUUGUGCGACUUCCUCUGGAAUAUUUCACCUUGGUGAGAUGCCUGGGGAGGCUAACCAGCUUCUGCUGCCUCAGCUGGUCCAGUGAGUAGUGGAGACACAGCCUGAACGAAUGCCUAUGUCCCCUGUCCUAUGGGAGUGGAGGAGAACCUGAGCUUGGCCAGUUCUGACAGAUCCGGGCAAGAAGCAGAGCAUUGGUGUCACAGAUUAUUUUUUUCAAAGUAACCAAUGUAGCAGGACAGGAUUUGACAAAUGAUGAACAGUGGCUGGAUAAACAAUCCCCGUCAAGGGGUACAACGUGUUCCUCUGAAUUACAGUACAGUCUCUGUGUGUAAACUAGGGAUCAAGGAUUUCCAGGGAGAAAUUAAGGCUGUUGGAAAUUUUGUUAUCUCUUCAGCGUCUUAGUAUUGAAAUGAUCACUGAAAAAGUACAUCUCAGAGGACGUACUAGUUGUAGAAUCAGCGGCGCUGAUUUCAGAAAUAAAGCAGUAUGUGGGUCAGGUUCUAGAGAACAAAAUGAGGGUAAAAAUGCUACGGUGCAGCUGUUUGUUGGGAAUACCUGCAGCAAGCUGCUGUUUUGUUCAUGGUGUGGAGAGGUGUUGCCAGGUGCAGAGUAACAACCGUUCCUUUUUUUAGCCUUUUGAACUUGUCUUACCUGGGCAGAGGGAAACCACAGACCUUCUGCUGGGAGGUGCCUUACCAGAGAGUCAGCUUCCUGAUGGGAUAUUGAUUUGACUCUUCAUAGGUACCUUUUAUUGUCUGGGUUCAUUUAUUGCAUUUUCCUAAGUGCUUAGUUUGUAAUAAUUUCUCAGAGGCAGGAAAAGAAUUGGAAAAGCUUUGGUGAAGAAUUGCUUUGUGAGAUUGCUUGUUCUUGUUAAAGGUAAUCUCUUUACAGCUGACUGUUUGAAUGUGCAUUCUUCCCGAUGCAAUGUGCUGUUGUGUGUUGCCACUAAGUGAAACAGUUGUAAAGAAAGACAUUUGAUCUUAGCAGGUAAUAACUCAAAAAGAAGUAAGAAAUUACUUGGGUUUUUUUUUUUUGCUUUAAUAACCAAUUUAAACCAGAAGUUUAAUCAAGGUACAGUUGUUCUGUUUCUUUCAAUGAAUGUUUAACACCUGUAAAUAUUAGCAUUUGUUUAAAAAUUGUGAUAAGGUUUGAUUAGCUGAAAUGGGCACGUAGAGAGACUAAAUGGUGAAAGAAACCUUGAAUUAUUGAUGUAUUCAACAAAAUAAUUAUAGUUUCAGAAAUGCAUGCAAAAAAAAAGCAGAGAAUGUGAUUUGAAACAAAAUGUUUUUCCACGCUACAGGUCACUGAGGAAGGCACACCGAAGGGUCACACCCCAUUUUGCACUAUCAGCUUUCUGCUUGGACUACACUUCUGUGUUAGAUAGGAACAGGAACUUUAUUUUUUGCUGAAGAGAUGUUUUCUCUUUUAGAAUCAUGUGCUGCGGUCCUCUUAAAAGUCAUGAGAGAAAAGUGCCCAUUGGAAUGGGUUUGAUAGAGCCAGUUGAGGGCAAUAGAAGAAUGUGACAAAAUUCUUUUAAUAUGUUCCCUCUGUAUUAUAAAUGGAAAUUCAGCAUCCUGAAUUCCAGCAAAUGUCUAAAGUCUUAAGAUAAUGCAAAUGGCUCAAAUAUUAGACUUCAAGGGAGAGUGAUUUUUCUUUGAAAAAUGGGUUUGUGUUUUCUUUUUAAAUGCCAACACUUCAAUGGGAAUUUUCACUUCCCCCCCAUUAGCUUUAGUGAAGUCAAGCCCUAAAAGCCUUCAUUGGCUGAGGUGAACAUUUCCCUCUCUUAAUCUUGACAUAAUAUUGGAGAAGCAGCUGGCCCGCAUGAGAAAAACAUAGGAAGAUAAUGUUAGCUUUUUCUAGAUAUUGGAGGAACACAGAACUCUUGAAACAGCUGAAGAGAAGACCUUGAUGCAGGUACCAGCAAAGACAGAAGUACUGCUGGGCUGUCUAGCCAGCAAACAGUCUGCAAGGUAAAAUAACAAACACAGAAAGUUUGGCACAUCUUGGCAUGAUGAUGUUUCUGCCAAGCGAUUGACACCUGCAGAAAUGGCUCCAACAGCACUAGAGAUUAGCAGUAUAAAUAGCCCAUGAAAAGAAACGUAAGGUGAAAGCAGGAAUAUUUUGUAGGGGAGGCAGCUGCUGCUUCAAAGGGAGAGACAACAUUUCCUAAGUUUGUAUUUGCUAUUUCUACUGGUGCUAAGCAACUCAGGAAUAAGAACCCGGUUUCUGUUUGCCUUAAAGAGAAAUGUAAACACGUUCUGCAUGUACUUAAAAUGUAUUGUGAAAAAUAAAGAUUGGGGGGUUGUUUUUUACACAA